UCAACCCAUCUUCGCCGCAAAGGGGCAAGAGAAGCGUGAAAAUUUUCGCGAAUUGCUGGUGUAAAUUGAUAAAAAAAAAAACAAUUUGACAAAAUUUGGUAGACUUUCAAAAAGUGAAAAAAUUAUAAAUUCAUUAUAAAACCAUUUGUGUAGCAGCAGUAUUGGCAAAAAGUUUCAUCAAAACGUCUUACCUGUAUAUAGUGAGAAAAAUAAGACUCAUCGGAGACAUAAGCAUAGAGCAAACAAAGUGACUUCCUCACUAAACUGCAUAAUAUAAUAUAAUAACGGGAAAUCGUGAUUAACUAACUAGAGCGCAAACUGUCAUUUGCAUUUCUUUUUGAAAAACACAGUUUUUGUUGCAGAUUCCAAAGUAACUACGAAUAACGCUGAGUUUAGCGUUUUAAGGUCGGCGGCCGACCAUCAUUGGGCACUGUCCUCGAAAUUGUAAGCGUGUGUGUGCGCUCAGUGAUUCCGUCUGAUUUUAGCUGUAACCUUUAGCGUUAUCUAGUGUUCCAAGUAACGGAACCGUGCGAACGGCAGACGCCAGCUAACGCUAGGAACUCGUUCCCGGGGAGCGGCAGACGCAGACGGCGCGUACCCGUGCCCGUAUCCGCAAAGAUGGCUGUGAAGCAAAAUAACACGGAAGCGAACGCUGCGCCUGCACCCGUAAAUGGGAACGUUGUGGGAGGAGGCGGUACGACAGGCGGAUCUAUGGCGGGCGUAUCGGGUGGUGGUGGAGUUGGAGGCACGGGUGGAAUAAAUGGCGUCGGCGUAAGCGGUGUUGUCGGGGCUGGCGGUGGCACUAAAACCAAGAAAUUAAGUUCGAAUAUGGAUAUAGGCGGCAGUGGCAGUACUAACGUCGAAUCUGUUGAGCCCGGUUGUAGUGGUGUUGGCACUAGUGCCCCUAGCAAACCCAAACCAAACAUGAAAGGCGCCACCAAAGCAGGUGGCAACAUUGGCGGUGCCGCAGGCCUUGGCAAUAUUGGUGGCCAAUCCAGUAAAAACACUACUGAUAUCGCGCACAUACUAUAUCUAAUCGAAUUGGUUGAACUGAAGCAGCAACACAUAGCGUUUGGUCACGACAUUGUUAAAAUUUAUCACCACUUAUUAAGCGAACUGGCGCGGGUGCAGAUACCACGACAAACACCAAAAGAACUUAAACGGUUUAAGGAAGACAUCGUUAAGGUGGGCGCCUUCUUCGGCAAAGUCAAUGAGAAGCGGUUGUAUCUUUUCUAUCUGCGCGUGGUAUGCCAGCUGAUAACACAGGACGAUGGCGAGGAGCCUUCUUGUGCUAUUGCCAUAAUAUUCCAGUUGUUUAGUUCCGAGAUGGUGUUUGAGGCGGUGCAGUCUAUGCUAGACCACAAAAUUCCCGAUCAGAAUAUUAAAAAGACUGUAAGGCUACUCAGUGAAUGGCUGCGAAUGUGCAAUUUUUGUCAAAACCUCAAUUUGUGGAUCAUAGCCAUACUGACGGGGCUCCAGGAUCAGCAAAAACACGCACUGUUCCGGGACAUUGCGUUGGAGAACAUAGAACCUUUGUUCACAUCUCUAAUAUUGCCAGUGUUACGACCAAAAAUAUAUCCCAUCGUAUAUCACAUGUUGUCCUCCAUUGACCAAACACCAACCGUGUUCCACAAGAUAUUGCCCAAGUUCCCACGUGUUAUCACUUGUUUGAAGCAACAGUCGAAUAGUCUGGAAGACUAUGCCGAAGAAACCAAAAAGAUUCUACAAAAGCUGGUAGACUUGACCAAGUCCUUGAUGGUGCGCUUCCACGGUUAUGAUGAUUUGUACGAAGCAGUGGAGUUCGCUAUCAAAGAUAUACCCUAUUCUUAUGGCUUACCAAGCUAUGGCAAUAGUGCUAAAAGUGCCGAUGAUACCAAUGUGGGUGCCGAGGUUAUACCACACGACAGCAAUGCCAAAGUCGGUCUAGUUAAUUUAGGCAACACUUGCUACAUGAAUAGCGUUCUACAAGCGUUAGCUAUGACGAAAGAGUUUAGUAGAGAAAUAUUACUGUCACAAAGUAAGUCACCAUUGCUAAUAAAAAUGCAACAACAGAUUGCACUGAUGCUGUAUUCGACUCGAUUCGAACUAACACCGUCGCGUGUUUUGAAUGCCACACGACCACCUGGUUUUUCACCAGGGCUGCAACAGGACAGCUCUGAAUAUUUGGGCUAUUUGCUGGAGACGCUUCAUGAACAAGAAACGUUGUUUUCUAAAAAACAAGCAACAGAAACUGUAUUGGCUGUUAAGAAAGCUACUGAGACACAAACAGCAAUAGCAGAUAGUGAACCAGCUGAACCUAUUGCUAAAACUGCAAAGCAAGCUGACAAAGAUAACGGUUGUGCCAGCAGCGGCGAAGGUGCCGCAGCAUAUUUUAAUACAACGCAGAUGCAGGAACCCACUAUAAAUGAAAACCCCACCAACACCAACACCACCAGCAAUAGCAAUAGCAGCAGCAGCAGUAGCAUCACCACCAACACCACCACCACCAGCACCGAGGCUGAUAGUAACACAAACGCGCAAAAUAGUGCCAGCAGUACAUCAAAUGUCUGUAAAGAAAAAACAAUUGCUUCUACUACCAUUGAAAAAACAUUCACUGGAAAAUUGGCUACCACGUACGAGUGUUUGACUUGUGGCUGGAAGAGCCGUAUUGUCGACGGUUUUCGGGACUUGCAACUUUCAUUUCCUGAAGUGAAAAACGAUUGCGCCUCCAAUUACUCCGUCCAGGAUCUCAUCGACUAUUAUUGUUCGCCCGAGAAACUGUAUGGAGACAAUCAAUACUUUUGUGAACGGUGCAAGAAACUUAGCGAUGCCGAACGUUAUAUCAAUGUUAUCAGCGCACCAAAGAAUCUAAUAUUGACGUUGAAACACUUCAAAUAUGAUCAAAAAUAUCAUACACGUGCCAAAUUGAUGCACAAAGUGUUUCAUGAUGAAAAGGUGUCUGUAAAAGUUUGCGCAGCUGACACCUUAGAAGAGAUAGCUUCCGUGCAUUACGAUCUGUAUGCGGGUGUCGUUCAUUCGGGCUUCAGCAUGGAUUCGGGACACUAUUACACUUACGCCGCUGAUGUCACCAAUAAAUGGUUUAAAUUCAAUGACAACGUCGUCACACCUUCCAAAUCCGAAGAGCUGCACAAUCUUACACCGCCUAAUACGCCGUACAUACUAUUCUACCAAAUGGGUGCACGCUCUAAUGAAGCGGCGUCCUUCGAAGGUUCCACCACAAAAGUGGUCAAAGUAGAUGUGCCAAGUCCAUUAACGUUGGAGGAGCUCUCACUGGAGCUGCGUAACUAUAUUGAUCAUGAUAAUUAUGUUUUUGCCGAGGAAGUGAAGGAGCGCAUUUUCAAGAGCGGCGGUCGAGCAGCAUUGCAGAAUGCAAUGGCAGCAAAACGUGGUGGCGGUGGACGAGGAGGGGGCGGUGGACGUGGUGGUGACUACGACGAUGAUAACGAUUCGGACCAACCGCCACCAACCAGUGGCUGUGGCGGCAAUGCGCUCGACAUUAACGUUAAUCGCUUUGUAUACUAAGCACCACCACGAGUCAACGAUACUCGAGAAUAGACGAUAAACGAAACUUUGAUUUAUUUUGCAUUGUAGCUUGUGGCGAAAUAUGUCGUACAUUGUAUGAAAUUGAAGAAGAAUAUAUAACUAUGGUACGAAUGAUGUGCACGAGAAAGCAUAAAUGGAAAUUGUGUGAGUUAGUUAUGAGACUUUUUUAUGAUGAAUGCCUGCGAUCGGCAAAUCGUUGAGGAGCAAAUCGUUAAAUUUACCUAUAAUCCCCAACAAUAUUACUACUUAGAAUCAACCGCCUAUUAACAUAUUUAUAUAUGAAUGUAAUUAUUACUAUAAUCCUUAUAUAAUUAAUGUUGUAAUUUUGUAGUACGUACGUUCGCCAGCAAAACGACACAGCAGCGAGCGAAAGUUUCAUGAAACAUGGAAAAAUGGGCAACUUUACAUUAAAAAAAGCAAAAAAAAAAAAUUAUAAUUAGGCACAAUGUUAGAAUUUCCGCAAAUGCGCAGCAUUUAAACGGAAGUGCUAAAACGAAAACGAACCAAAUCGAUAAAAUUCGAUUAUAAAAAUUUGUACUUGUUAUUUAUAAAGCGAAGAAAGAAGCCAACUAUGUAUAACUCCUACUAUUACUAAUAAUAUAAUGCAAAUAGCAGCAACUACAACAACAUCAACCACAGAACCUAUACAUAUAUAUGAAUAGCAGUUGUGCAACAAUAACUAUGCAUAUGUGCGUAUUUGAGUAGAGACGCAGUUAGAGAGCGAGAGAGAGAGAAAGAGAGAGCGAACCAGCAAUGGGAUCAAAUGAAAGUGAAAGUGAAGCGUUGCAAUUAAUUUUAAAGAGUACUGCAGCUGAAUAUGAUAAGAUGAUAGCUUAUUUUUUCGUCUGGGUUGAUGUGUGCGUUUGAUUGGAUUUAAUAUGGAUAUUUGUAUGCAUGUGCGAGUCGAGCGUGUGUUGUGCGAAAAUGCUGUGUAUGCAUAUUCGUUGUGUUAUCCUUGUGAUUCAGUAUAUACAUAUAUAUACAUACAUAUAUUGUAUAAAUAUUUUCCUUUGUUGUAUUUUGAAUAUCAUUUGGCGAACAGAAAUUAAAUAAGAGCAGUCACUUAUACCGUAGGUACAUAAUAGUAACUCCCCGCCCACUUGUUUCUCCCAGCUGCUGUACGCUUAUUUCUAUAUUUAUGUAUAUGCAUGUUUGCUAAAAAAAUUUAUUAUGUAAACUUUUCGAUUGCCCUCUCAAGCAAUUAGUGUGUAAUUCAAUAGCAAAUAAUUAAAACCGAAGCUAGACGACUUGGCUAAAUUCAAAUGCAAAAAACCUGAAAUGUUUAAAGAGCAUAAAAUCCGACCUACCCAUAGCUAAGCUUUGCAAUCGGCCAUUUAAUUUUCAACUUUUAUUUAAUUUUUUUUUUCAAAUCCCUUAUUAAGGAAAUUAGAGUUUUAUGCGCAAAAAAAAUAAAAUAAAAUAAAAACAAAAAACAAAUAGCGUGAUAAGUAUAACAUAUACCUACAAACAUAUAAAAUCCGAGAUGAAAUUUUUAAAUAGGACACUAGCAUAUACAUACAUACAUACAUACAUACAUACCUUAAUAUAUAAAAUGUGUAUUGCAAUGAAAUUGGAAUACAUACUAAACCACAUAAAUAUACAAACAUACAUAUAUACUUAUGAAUAAUAAAUAAAACAAUAUUUAACACAUCAUCAUGUGCUCGUAAUAUUAAA